AAAGGGUAAUUUAGGAAUUUCAAUUGUAACAUUCAUAACGGUCAUCUUUCUUUCCUCUUUGAGUAAUUCCAAUUCAAACACUCUUCAUCUUCGCUCUGCAUCCAACAUUUGAAUCUAAACUCUCUCUCUCCCUCUCUUGUGAAUUUUUUCAUUCUUGAAAAAAAAAAUGAGGCAAAAGACCAACAACACAGAUUCUAGUGGGUUUUUGGGAACCAUUUCUUCUAAUUUUCUCAGAUCAAUCUCUUCUUCCAACCGCAAACCCACUUCUUCUUCCUUUACAAACCAUAAAUUCCUGAAUUCCGACGUUGAAAACACUCCCCCUACCCAUCCAAACAUUUCCCUCAAUCACCAUCAACAAUUGAAGCCCCACGACCCAUUUUCCCACAGCAACUCACAUGUGAAGGUUGUGGUGAGAAUUAAGCCUGAAAAUAUCAAUGGAAAAGAGGGGGAUUGGGAAAUUAAGAAGGUUUCUUCUGAUGCCCUGUGUAUUGGAGACAUAAAGUUCAUGUUUGAUGAAGUUUUUGAUGCCAACUCCAAUCAGGAAGAUGUUUUUCAGUCAGUGGGUGUUCCCUUGGUUAGAAAUGCCUUAGCUGGUUACAACACUACUAUUCUGUCAUUUGGUCAGUCUGGGAGUGGAAAGACUUACACAAUGUGGGGUCCCCCAAGUGCCAUGGUUGAUGAGUCCUCGUGUUCUAGUCAAUUGGGAAUUGUUCCUCGGAUCUUCAGAAUGUUACUUUCUGAGCUAGAGAGAGAGAAGCUUAUUUCUGGUGAGAAGCAGUUCAAUUAUCAAUGUCGUUGUUCAUUUCUUGAGAUAUACAACGAACAAAUUGGCAAUUUACUCAAUCCUAUUCAGCAGAACCUUGAGAUGAAGGAUGAUUCAAGAAAUGCUCCUCAUAUUGAAAAUCUGAUCGAGGAAUACGUCACUAACUAUGAUGAUGUGGCAGAAAUUUUGAUUAAGGGCCUUUCAAGGAGGAAAAAGGGAGCAACGAAUUUAAAUUCUAAUAGCUCUGGAUCACACAUAAUUUUCACAUUUGUUAUUGAAUCUUUUUGCAAGGGAACCACAGAGGGCUUAUUCAGUAGCUCAAAAGUUAGCAGAAUCAGCCUUAUUGAUCUUGCUGGACUGGACAGCGACGAAGUUGGUGAUUUAGGUAGCCAAUGUACAAGGGAAAACAAACAUGUCCAGAAAUCAUUAUCUCAGCUCGAGCAUUUAGUGGAUGCUCUGAGUAAGAAAUCUCAGUCUGGAAAAAACGGAGACAUUCCACACAACGACUCCUGCUUAACUCGAUUACUACAAGGAUCACUUGGUGGAAAUGCCAAACUCUCAGUAAUAUGUUCCAUCUCCCCUAAUAAAAAGAGUAAUGAUAAAACCCUGCGCACACUCAGAUUUGGUGAGCAAGCAAGAUCCAUCACAAAUGAGCCAGUUAUCAAUGUAAUAAAGGAGGCUGAUGUUGAUUUGAGUAAUAAUAUCAGACACUUAAAGGAAGAACUUGUUAGAGCAAAGUACGAUGUUUACAGCUCAGCUGGGAGUAAAGAAGGAUACUUCCAAGGACCAAAUGCACGGGAAAGCCUGAAUCAGAUGAGAGUCAGCUUAAACCGCUCUCUACUCCUAUCCAACGUAGGUCGUGAUACUAGUGAGCGCGUAAAUGUCAGCAAGGAUGACAUACAGCAAUUACGCCAGCAAAUUGAUGAAUUGGAUAGCUCAUCUGAAGGAAAUCCAAAGGAUAUGUAUGUCAAUGAAAAUCGUGUCCAGUUUUAUUCUGUUGAGGAAAAUUGUGAUGCAGACACCAACAGCGUUGAUGAAAUUGAAAAGGAUGAGGUAUGCUGCGGAAAAACACUGAGCAUUUCAGUCAAUUCAUGUAAUCAAUUUCCAGUACUUGCUGGACCACAGUUGUCCGAAUCUCCAAAGUUCAGCAAAACUCAAAGGAAAAGUUUGGCUAUUUCUUCAAGCUAUCUUGGAAGUUGGAACAAUGUGACAGAGAGUUCAACUUUCAGCAACAAUGUGUUAGACAAACCUUUUAAACAGGGCGAGCACGUGCAAUCCUCAGUACAGUCUAGCAAGGUUGAGUCCUUGGCAGCAAGCCUUCAGAAGGGACUACAGAUUAUUGACUAUCAUCAGCAUAAUUCAGCAUUGAACAAAUCUUCAUCGUCCUUCUCCUUUGAGCACUUAACUUUGACACCUUCUCUAGACAUUGACAAGGCUGAAUCUUGUGAUCAAACAAUACCACAGAAAGCUUCCAGUGAUGAAGUAGCUUCUUUCCUUUGUGAAUCUUGCCGGACCAAAAUAUCUAGUCAGGAUUCCAGUUUGGUCCAACUGGCAUUUGGAGAAUGUAACGGCAAAAACAUCAUGAAAGAGAAGGAGCUCGAGAAUGUUUGUAAGGAGCAAGCAGCUAGAAUUGAGCAACUAAAUCAGCUGGUGGAGAAAUUGAAAGGAGAUAGAGAACUGAACUCGAUGAAAGAUGAAGAAAAGCUUCUAAGGGAAUUUUCCUCAAAUGGUCAUUUGCCAUGCAUUAUAGAGGAAAAAUGUGAAAUUAAAGAAGUUCAGGAAGAGUUAGCCCAAAAGGACGUCUCUUUUGAUUCAACUGAGAAGGAAUCACUUCUUAAGGAAAUUCAGAAUCUAAGGAGCAAGCUGCAAUUAUGCAGCGAUGCACCAGUAAAAAAAUCUACUGACAAACUAAGGUCUUCAUUGAUGUCAAGAUCCAUACAACUGCAAAAGAGCGGGGUAUUUUCUUAUGAUAAUGGCAACGAAGAGCUAGAGAAUGAAAGACAGAGAUGGACAGAAAUGGAAAGUGAGUGGAUUUGUCUUACUGAUGAACUUAGAGCUGAUCUUGAGUCAUAUCGCCAACGUACUGAGAGGUUGGAGAUGGAACUGACGUCAGAGAAGAAGUGCACAGCAGAGAUAGAUGAUGCGCUAAAGAGAGCAGUUAUGGGACAUGCUAGAAUGGUGGAACACUAUGCUGAUCUACAAGAAAAAUACGAUGAUUUGGUUAUGAAACACGACGCCAUAAUGGAAGGGAUAGCAGAAGUGAAGAAGGCAGCAGCGAAAGCCUCGAAAAAAGGUCACGCCCGCUUUGCCAAGUCUCUUUCCGCUGAGCUUUCAGCAUUGAGAGUGGAAAGAGAAAGGGAAUCAAAAUUAUUGAAAAAGGAGAAUCAGAACUUGAAGACUCAGCUUCGAGAUACUGCUGAAGCUGUUCAGGCUGCUGGAGAGCUACUUGUUCGGCUAAGAGAAGCUGAACAUGCAGCAGCUUUUGCAGAGGAGAACUUUGCAAAUGUGCAACAAGACAAUGAAAAUUUGAAGAUGCAAAUUGAAAAGCUGAAAAGAAAACACAAGACAGAGAUUAAUACCAUGAAGCAGUACAUUACAGAGAGCAAAUUACCUGAGUCUGCACUGCAACCACUGUAUAAAGAGGAUUGUGAUGUGGCACACAAUACAGCCUCCUCCUAUACAUACGAUGAUCAGGCUUGGAGAGCAGAAUUUGGAGCAAUAUAUCAGGAUCAUUAUUAACUUACCGGUUGAUAAAAAGGAAUCAGAUCAAAGUUAAGUAUUCUGUCUGGCAUAGAUCCUACUUGGAUCAAAGGGUAUAAAUGCCACUAUUCUUUUUUGUGUAUUCCUAGAAAUUCAUUGUUUUUGUUCCAAUUUGUGAUCAUCCAACCAUUGUUGUGGAACUGCAAUUCAUUUGUAACUUCUUGUAUUGGUCUUAUAAUAGGUAAAAUCGUUGAUCUUCUUUUUACCCUA